UUAUUAUUAAUUAUUAUUAUGAUGGAGUCUGAGUACUACGCUAAAAUCAAAUAUAUUGAAGAUAACGUUAAAGAUAUCAUACCAGUAAAAAAUAUAGUGGAAUUUCAAGAAAAUCCUAAUGAUGCCAUUAUUCAAUUUGACAAAAAUGCCAUUUAUACGGUCCAGUGGAUUGAUCACACUAACAAUUCUAAGCCAUUAGCUAUUCAAAUUUGUAGUAUUGAAAUGAUUCACACUGAAGAAGAACUUCAGAAAUUUUGUAAAAAAAGAGGAGUAUUUCCUCAUCUACAUGAUUCUGUCAUCGAACGCUAUUACGAAUCGGAAAGCAGUGAAGAUGAGAUCAAUGUCCAAGCGAAAAAGUCUCAGCCAAUAAAAAAAAUUAGUAAGAGGACAAUUAAGGAAAAGCCAUUGAAAAUUGAUAUUGGUGCACAAAGAGAAGUUAUUGAGGCGAAGAAAAAAUUCCUUCAAUCUCAAACAUUGGUUUUGAAACAGCCCCAUGCGAUCCAUGAUUCACAGUUGGAUACGAGUAACAGUGAGAAAAAUGACUCGCGUAAAUCCGUAAACAUGUCUGACCCGAUAAAAAAUGAAGAAAGUCGCUCAGCUGUCUAUUUAAGAAAAUUAGAAGAAGAAUGUGAACAAUUAAAAACUGAAAAUUUAAGGCUGAGAAGCAAUAACGCCGUUUUAAAUGAGAGAAUAGAAACCUAUCGUAUCCUCAAUGAAAGAUUACAAAUAAAUAUUUUGAAGUACGAUAAAGAAUUCGAAGAGUUAGCUAAAAUAGAUGAGGAGAAGAAAAAAUUGGAUGCUAUGAGCCCAUUGGCAAAGAGGUUGCAAUGUUCCACCCCGCAGCACACGAUUAAUAAUAGUAACCCAGAAGUGUCUCCAAUAGUUAGUCAUAAGGAAGAUCCCAAAGAAGAUAUAAAUAACUCGCUUGAAAACAGAUCUUUCGAACGAACAUCUCAAGCACAAAGUCCUUUCGAUGAUAGAUCGCUCAAUAAUAGUAACAACAUCGAAAUUGAUGACAUUUCUCUUGAGGAAUUGAAAAAGAAAAUGCAUCCCUCGAGCAAAAAGAAGUUAGAUUUCCAUUCUCAAUUAUCGCCGACGGUCCCAUCAAAAAAACCUCGUUUUUAUGAUGAAGAAACUGAGGACUCAGGAAUAGUUGACAUUGCAAGCUCGAGCAAUGUUCGUAAAACGAAACUGUCAUCUCAAGAAUUUCGGAAACUAUCGGCUGGUCUCUUCAAGACAAAACAUAAAGAUAGUACAAACACUAAUGGUAGUAUAGACGAUUCAGUUAACGACGAAUCAUCGUAUUUUUGUAAUUUUGGACACAAAGAGACUGGAACUAAUUCAGAUGAUGUGACUACUACGCACGUAUGGCUCAAUAAAGAAAAAAAAAUAUUACUUGAUGAAUGGAAGAAUGGCUUUAAAUCGAAAGACCCAAGUAAAUAUGUUAAAUAUAUGUUGCGCUUAUUACAUACGGACGAAAAUGGUGGUUAUGAGGAAAACCUUAGUAAAAAAUGCGUUUCCAGUGACAAACCAUCAUAUACGCCAAGAGGCAUGAAUCGAAGAGUUCCACUCACUUUGAAUGAGCAUUUAACCCUUGAAAAGUGUUUGAAAACUUAUCUUAAUAAAACAUCAAAAUUAACUUCGGAAGAAGCAAAUAAGAUUAUAGCAAAAAAAAAUGCCUUUAUAACGGAAGAAAUCAACACAUGUGUAAAAAACCAGAAGAAAAAAUUAAAUAUUUAAUUAGAGUAUAAAAUAUCUUUAUAAUGGCUUAAUGGAAAUGAAACAUUGAGAUUAUAUUUAUUUUACUGUUAGUUUCUAUUUAUAAUUUAAUUAAUAUAUAAAAAAUAAAUUAUGUUUAGUUUUCAUGUGUAAAAAUCCAGAAGAAAAAAUUAAAUAUUUAAUUAGAGUAUAAAAUAUCUUGAUAAUGGCUUAAUGGAAAUGAAAC